UCGCUAGAUGGUCAAGUGAGAAAAAUGAAUGAGGUAAUUGAAAUUGAAGUGAAUUAAUGAAAUUCUUGGAAUUCAGAGUGAUGUGGUGAUGUUUGUGUGAUCUCUCCGGUAUUCCCCUCGUGCUCGGACGUUUGAUGAAUACAGAUUUUCUUAAAAGUGAUCAGUUCUUAUUUUUACAGCCUUAGUUCCGCCGUUGUUUCUCAUGAGUGUGUGCUUUGGAGUACCUUGAAAGUAAUUUCAACCAUUGUCUCUUCACCUUUAUACUUAGUCAAUCCAUUAAUUUUAAAACCUGUUUUAUCAUUCCUUUAUUCUACUUAAUUGCUGAUACCACCCAUCGCAAAUAUGAUGCAGCAGGUGUUCAAAACCUUGCUACCGGACGAUCGACCGAUCUCCGCAAUCUGUAUCGUUGAAGACAUCAGUAAAUGCCCCCCAGGGUUCACAGCUAUCUCAAGAACAUUUGAUCAGGAUUCAGAUGCGGAUCUUUGGAAAGAGAAUACAUUCUUUGGCAAAAAAUGUACACGGUACAUGUGUAUCUCCAAAACAGAAGGAAUUCCAGAGUAUAUUGUAGAAAGUAUUAGCGUCAUCAAUGACAAACAGCUGCCGCAAGAUGGAUAUUGUUUGAUAUCGCAGACUAUUGACAGUGAACAAAAAGCAUGGCGCAAGAAACAAAUGGCCUACAAACUCUCUCGAAGAAAUGUUGCUUCCUCUGCGGUCUCAAAUAUAAUUCUUCUUAGUCGAUCAAAACAGAAAAUUCCGGAAGGAUAUAAUUUUAUCGGAGAUGUCAAUGGUCUUGGCUUGUGCUGUAAAUUUAACAAAGUAGAAAUCAAUGUGGAACCAAAACAAAAGUGUAACAGCUCGACACCCAUUAUAAAUGGAAUUGGUUCCGCUGGAUCUCCAACCCCACCUCCACGUCCUCCCCGAGCUUCACCUGCUGUUAAUGGCAAUAGUUUUCUUGCAUCAAAUUCUCAGAAUGGUGAUGACUAUGAGCGUCUUGUCGAACUCAGACCUUCUCGGCCUGCGCCAAAUCCUCCACCAUCCAUGUAUGGAACCAUAGCCUCUUUUCAAGGUUUGGAAGGCGUACCUUUUAUACUGAACCCAAAAAUAGAUGACAGUUUUAUCUUGGACAGUAUGAAAGGGUUACCUGUGAUCAAAGCCAAAACAAAAUAUGAAAUUGAUAAAGAAUAUGAUUACGAUUUUCGACUUGAACGGCAAACAUAGCAACUCUCCCUUUGGAACCAGAUGGAAAAUAAUACUUGAAGUCAUACGUCUGACCUUUUUUUGACCUCAUUAGUGGCUUGAACUCUUUUUUACAAUGAAAAAUUUAUCCUGUCCGAAGACUGUCAGCAUUCAAAUACCUGCUUGAACUUCCAUGUAUGUAAGGUCAGGUUUUUUUGUGACCAAAUCUGUCAGAUCCUCUUUCAAAUUUCUGUUCGUUUUAUUUAUUUAUUUUUUAUGCCCCCUUUAAAUAAUCUACAGAAUGCUUGCAAACAUGCUUUUUUGCUAAGUACUCACUUGUUUCCAGCUACCCAGUAAAAAAUGCAUAUCAUUUUAAAAUUGUAUCUUGAACUCAGUGAGUAGCUGGUCUUUCUUAUAACGGGGUGAACUCUUUAAAAUCUGGCAGAAUACUCAUCUUUUGUGUGUGCAGUGAGUAAAUCGUGAUUUUAUUUGUGUACUCCCACAAUCAUCUAGUGGUAGUACUAUCAGCUCUGAUGCUUAAGAAAAAAUAAAUUUAAAGUAAGGUUUUAACUCAAGUAAGAAAUUCAUCUCGAUGUUGAGAGUUCACCAUGUUUAAUUUUUCUCUUUUGGGAUUGAAGUUGAUAAUUUUCUUCAGUUUAUCAUGACCUACAAAGUAUUUGAAUGAUCAGUAGAAAAAUCAACGUUUAGAGAAAAUUAAUGAAUAAACUUCCGAACAAAUUUUUAAUUAUUUGCUAAUAUUUAUUUAAGAUUAGACCAGAGCCUUUUUGUAAGGUACCCAAGUUAAACAAAGAAUUUUCAAUUUAAGAGGGGUGCUUCAUUCAAUUUUAGGAAUAUAUUUAUAUCAUGAUCAUCUAUAUGAAAUGAAAUAUGAUUGGAGAAUUUGAGCUUGCCCCAGAAGCCAAGUAUGGUUCAAGUAUUCAAUGAAUGAAUUAUGUGGGAUUCAUCAGGUACUGUUACGUUUCAUCAUCAAGUUUGCAUUGAUUUAAUCACAUUUUUCAAACCUGUUCAAGCAAAACCAUUUGAAAAUUUAUGGAAUAUGUCCUCUAAUUUUGUAUAAAAUAUAUGUCUUUUAAAAUCCUCCUGGAUUCUUAAAAUCAUGUCAAUUUUCAUAUCAGAUAUUCCUCCAUGAAACUUUGAAUAUCCGUCCAAGUUCGGCAAAUAAUUGAUCCACUUAAAUUUGAUGUCAAACCACUCAGCAUUUAUGCUGCAAUACAAGAAGAUUCAAUUUUCUCCAUGAAGUAUAAGUUUUCAGCAAUUAUCUUCCCCUCAAGAUACUAGCUGUACAGCAAUGCAACAUAUUAGAGGUUUUCGUCCCUAGAUUACUUAGAUUCAUCAUAAGAAUGUCAUCCUAUUUAUUUUCAACGCUUUUGUCAAUACCAUGGCUAGCACCGGGGGCAGUUGUAUUCUCUUCCCUAUUUUUGUCACUGUUAGUAUUUUGUAUCCUCCAUUCUUCUUUUUAUUUCUUUAUCUCUUGAUUCACUUUUUUCGUAUAGUAUUAAUCCUUCAUUGACUGUCUUUAUGUUUGCUUAUGAAAAUAAAUCACUGACAACGUUUAGUGCAUUUUUGAACCUCCCGUUAGCUGAUUAAACUCUGUAAGUGUAUUUUCGACUGAUUUUGUAAAUAUAAUGUGAUAUUUUUUCCCAUGAAAAUUUGACAGAAUUCUGGAGAUUCAAGUGAAGACUGUAAUUAUGCUAACGUUGUAAGUGUAAUCCUUGUUUUCCUCUUUUAUUUAAUAAUUUUAUUACCAUCUCUCUUUUUUUAUCUCUCCUCCUCCCUAUUUUAUCUCUAGGUUUAUUUUAUUUUUUUCAAAAACCACAUCCCAUCUUGACCACAGUGAUCAUAUUUUUUUUGUGCCUUUUUUCUCUGAAAUGUAUUUAUUAGAAUUAGUAGUGAAAAGUCCUUUCUCAGUGAAACCCUCGUUGUCUUAGUAAUUAAAUGACUAACUGUCUAACUUUCCAACUGGGAGGAUUAUUACCAUUGUGAACAAGUUAUUUGUAUAAAAGAUUAUGGAAAUAAUUUUUUUCUGCAUCUUAGGAAAUGUAGAAAAAAGCAGAAACAGCUAGAGUCCAUGCCAAAUAAGUAUACCCAGUUUUAGACCACAACAGAAGAUCCACCAUCUUGAUUCUUGCAUUUAGGUACUUCUCAUUCUGAAGUAAUGUUAGGCGAUCUGUUGUCCUUGUAAGUCUAUAUAUUUAUUUGGCAUUGCCUCUAUCAGACGGGAAUGAAUCUUUAUCUAAAAAUUCUGUACUAGACGUAAUUUCUCUCUCAUCUCAUGACAGGGUUGGGUGUUGUAAUUUUUUUCUAAAGUUUAUGGACUCCAAAAGAUAUGUAUCAAGUCAUUAAAGGGUGCUGUAGAGGUUAAUGUCAUUAGUUAUUCUUUGUGUAUGUUAUAAACGUAAAAUGAAGAUAGUGAACGUAUGAACCUAAUUUUUUUAUCUCUUUAAGACCUUAAAAAGAGGUUUGUACUCAUAGUGACUCUUUUAACUCAGGAUAUCUCAGCCACUAGGAAGUCUUUUUGUAAAAAAUCCUGUGACCUAAAAAAGGAAUUUAGAAUGCACAGCCAUUUGUCUGCCCUGUUUAAAACCAGUCGCAAUUUUUUUUAUCCAACUGUAAGCAAUACAUAUUUUGACGCUGUCUUUUAUUUUUACUAAAGUGUUUUCUUUUGUUAGUGGAAUCUGAAGUUUGCUUGUUUAAACUUUAGUUCCGCCUUUUGUCAUCCUUCUUAUUGUCACUGACCCACAAGUAAUUAAACAGUUUAUGGUAUCAAUUUUUUUUUUUUUUUUUUUUUUUUUUUUUUUUUUUUUUUUUUUUUUUUUAACCACGUGAGUUAUCACUGAGAGUAAUUACUUAAUAGUAGGUAAUAGCAAGUAAAUACUUAAAACACAGGUUUUUCUGAGACGAAAAAUUGAGUUAUUACCACUGCCGAAAUAAUAUUUAUCCCAUACUACUAUCCACUGUGUAGGAAAAAAUUUGUUGGCUCUAAAACGUCCGAGUUUAGUGUGUAUCUUUUACGUCUAUGUAGUAAUAUUUUUUAAGUUGAAGAGAGUCUUGUCAAGAUCGUUCGUGGCUUCCAUUUACAGAUAUAAAUGAACUACUUGUGAUCGUCUCUGGUUUGCGCAGAUCUAGAAUUAAAUCUUAAUAAUAAGGAAACAUAUUUGUAUUGAAUUAUGUAUGUGUACUCUACCACCUCGCAUUGUGCCAUAUGUUCCGAAAACUUAAUUAGCAAA